UGCUUGUAAAAUAUCUUAAAUGCAAAUGUAAAUUAUGGUAUUAUUAACUAUUGACGAGAAAAAUAUUGUUGAAAUACAGCUAACAUUUUUAUGAUGCCAUCCACUUCGAAACAAUCAAGCACGAAUGAGCCGACAAUAAUUAACAACUAUAUAACAGUUAAAGCGUUCUUUGAGUCGGAAGUGAGACAAUUUGAGAUCCACCGGAACUACCUUUCGGACUUCGAGGAGUUCAGGCAAAAGGUUGUCGACAAAUUCCGAGUGAUGUACCCAAACGCGGGUGUUCGCCUUCGUUGGAAAGACAGAGACGGCGACCUAAUAGACUUCGACUCCUACCAAGAACUUCAAAAUAUUGAGAAACAAACAGAAGGAAAAGUGCUGUCAAUUUACAUACAAAGAGACGAACUAUCCAAGCUGUCGGAUCUUCUGAUCAAGUCAGCCGACGAGGAUAAUUUUUUGUGUUUUGCACAGGAAGCACCGACAGCUGUCUCUCUCUACCAUGGAUUCGUGGUCUGCGACUCCUGCAAAUUCGACAGGAUAAGUGGGGCAAGAUUCAAGUGCAAAACGUGUCCCAAUGUCGAUUUAUGCAUGGAUUGUAAAGUCAGAGGCAACCACUCCCAUCAUGAGUUCUGGAAGGUCGGGUUCUUGAUCACUGAUGACCCUUACCCACAGCGAAAUGAAGGGAGGGAAACAUUCACGGGAAACGAAUUACUGCUCAAAUGAAUAUUCGUGAAAUGUGAAAAGUUCUCAUCAGGAAUGAUACAAGUUGGAAAUGUGGAAACCCGAAAACGCUGAUAUACACGCUUGAAUACUUAUUGGAACAUGAGAAUAUGUUUUUGUUUUAAGCAACCCCGCUCUAUUUUUGUUUCAUUUAGAUGAAUUAGGGGAAAAACUUGACUGAAAUGAGGAUAGUUUCUAAUUACGAUGAAUAUGCAAUCAUGAGGCGCGGACCCUUUUUUCGGUCGACCAAAUUGGUUUUCUGAGCUCUGCCAAACCACUAUAAAGACCCUUAA